UAACCUUCCCACGGACCACAACGUGCCUUUGACGUGUAGCCUUCUUCUAUUCCUUCCUUCCUCUUCUGACUUCUCUCCCAUUCACAACAAUACUUCUCCUCUCCUCUCCUCUCCUCUCCUCUCCUCUCUUCUCUGUACACAGUUAUACACACAUAUAUGUAUAUGUGUACACAUUGAUAUAUUCAUUUUUUUUCAAUCUCUACCAUACAAUUCACAAAGCCCAUCUCCUAUUUUUUGCCGCCAGUUCUUGAAUUAUCACUACAGACUCAAACAAUUAUAAACCCAUAUUUCAAUGGAAAUUUCAUCAUCAUGUUCCUCACCCUUAUCAGUUCAUUCCAUUAUCGAUUCCACCGCUCCACCUCGCCGCCGUGUUUCCGCCAAAUUCGAUCACGGCCAUGGUCGCCGGAGAACCCGGAAGAUCCUUUCCCUCUACCCAAAUAGCCCUUUUUCUUCUUCUCUUAUUGCAACAACUACCAGUACUAGUUCUGCUUCUGCUUCUUGUUGUAGUAGUUCUUCUUAUUAUUCUUAUUUUGGGGUUUCAAUCAAACACAGUAAACCCUUCAAUUCCCUUUCCGUGCCUUCGUCUCGAAAGCCCAUAAUCUCUGCUGUGUUCGAGCGGUUCACGGAGAGAGCAAUCAAGGCUGUGAUGUUUUCUCAAAGAGAAGCCAAUGCUUUGGGCAAAGAUAUGGUAUUUACUCAGCACCUGUUAUUGGGUUUGAUUGCCGAGGAUCGAGCUCCAAAUGGGUUUUUAGAUUCCGGCAUCACCAUUGACGCGGCGCGUGAUGCAGUUUCCAGUAUUUGGCAUGAUAAUGAUAAUGGUGAUCAGGAUUCAGAAACGUCUGAGGUUGCUUCUUCUUCGAUCACCUCUGCCAGUGAUGUGCCGUUCUCUAUUAGCACAAAACGGGUGUUUGAAGCUGCUGUGGAGUAUUCUAAGACUAUGGGCUACAAUUUCAUUGCGCCGGAGCACAUUGCCAUUGGUCUUUUCACUGUCGAUGAUGGCAGUGCAGGUCGGGUCCUCAAGAGAUUAGGGGCAAAUGUCAAUCACUUGGCAGCUGUGGCAGUCUCCAGACUUCAAGGAGAGCUUGCCAAAGAUGGUAGAGAAUUACCUGCUGUAUCCAAACGGACACGUGAAAAAUCCUUUCCUGGAAAAGCCAGUGUUGUCAGAUCCUCUGGAAAAGCAAGAGAGAAUAAUGCUUUGGCUCGAUUCUGUGUGGAUCUCACCGCUCGUGCUAGUGAUGGACUCAUUGAUCCUGUAAUUGGUCGAGACACUGAGGUACAGAGAAUUGUUCAGAUACUUUGCCGGAGAACUAAAAAUAAUCCCAUUCUCCUUGGUGAAGCUGGGGUUGGGAAAACGGCCAUUGCUGAAGGGUUGGCGAUUAAUAUUGCACAAGGAAAUGUCCCUGUUUUUCUCUUGACAAAAUGCAUAAUGUCCCUAGAUAUAGGUCUAUUAAUGGCAGGCUCAAAGGAGAGGGGAGAGCUAGAGGAACGCGUUACUACAUUAAUUAAGGACAUAAAAAAGUCAGGCAAUAUUAUUCUUUUUAUUGAUGAAGUCCAUACACUAAUUGGGUCGGGCACAGUUGGACGAGGGAACAAGGGGUCUGGUCUUGAUAUUGCUAAUCUAUUGAAGCCGCCACUCGGGAGGGGUGAAUUACAGUGCAUUGGGUCAACAACUCUGGAUGAAUACAGGACACAUUUUGAGAAGGAUAAAGCAUUAGCACGAAGAUUCCAGCCUGUGUUGAUUAAUGAACCAAGCCAGGAGGAUGCAGUUAGGAUACUGUUGGGUCUGCGUGAGAAAUAUGAGGCCCAUCACAAAUGCAUAUACACAUUGGAAGCCAUAAAUGCUGCUGUGCAUCUGUCAGCAAGAUACAUUCCUGAUAGGUAUCUUCCUGACAAAGCUAUUGAUCUCAUUGAUGAGGCGGGAAGUAAAGUUCGCAUGGAAGCCUACAAGAGGAGAAAGCAACAAGAGACUUGUAUACUUUCAAAGUCACCAGAUGAUUAUUGGCAAGAGAUUAGAGCUGUUCAUGCCAUGCAUGAAGUGGUCCUAGAAAGAAAAGUAAAUAAAAGUGACAGUGAUAGUUCUUCUAGAGUGGAAGAUGGUAAUAAACUCAUCCUGGAAGACUCUCUGCCAUCCAAAUUUGAUGAUAAUGAAUCAGCUGUGGUUGGACCUGGUGAAAUAGCAGCAGUUGCUUCACUCUGGUCUGGGAUUCCAGUUGAGCAGCUCACUGCUGAUGAAAGAAUGCAACUGGUCGGUCUUGAUGAGCAGCUUAGAAAACGGGUUGUUGGUCAAGAUGAGGCUGUUGCUGCGAUUUCUCGUGCUGUUAAGAGAUCUCGGGUUGGCUUGAAGGACCCUAAUAGGCCAAUUGCAGCAAUGCUUUUCUGUGGCCCAACUGGGGUUGGCAAAACUGAACUAGCAAAAGCUUUGGCGACAUGCUAUUUUGGUUCGGAGACAGCCAUGCUAAGACUGGACAUGAGUGAAUAUAUGGAACGGCAUACUGUGAGCAAGUUAAUAGGAUCACCCCCAGGUUAUGUAGGCUUUGGAGAGGGAGGCACCCUUACAGAAGCUAUCCGAAAGCGACCUUUCACGGUGGUAUUGCUUGAUGAAAUAGAAAAAGCCCAUCCAGACAUAUUCAACAUUCUUCUCCAAUUGUUUGAAGAUGGUCACCUAACAGAUUCUCAGGGUAGGAGAGUAUCAUUUAAGAAUGCAUUGGUAGUGAUGACGUCUAAUGUGGGAUCUACUGCCAUCAUAAAGGGUAGGCACAACUCCAUCGGCUUUUUGCUUGCAAGAGAUGAAUCAACUUCAUAUGCUGGAAUGAAAGCACUGAUAAUGGAAGAACUGAAGGGGUACUUUCGUCCAGAGUUACUCAACAGAAUAGAUGAAAUAGUUGUCUUUCAUCCUCUUGAGAAGACUCAGAUGUUCGAAAUAUUAAAUAUAAUGGUGCAAGAGGUUAAGCAAAGGACCCUAUCACUGGGAUUACAUCUGGAGGUAUCUGAAGCAAUCUUGAACCUCAUAUGCCAACAAGGGUUUGACAGGAGUUAUGGUGCUCGGCCUCUUAGGCGGGCAGUCACCCUCAUAAUUGAAAAUGUCUUGAGUGAAGCACUUCUUUCUGGAGAUUACAAGUCUGGCGAUACUGCUUUUAUUGAUUUAGAUCAUUCAGGAAACCCAGUUGUUACUAAAUCAAGGGGGAAUAUCUACUUCUUCUCUGAUACGACAUCUGCCUUGUAACUGUAAAUAAUAACUAUUCCAAUUCAUGCUGUAAAUCCAUUCUGUAUAUCUGAUUAAAUUUUAUUUAGUCUAGGUGAUUGAUUGAUCCACGUAUAAAGGAAUAAUAAAAUACCAGUUUAGAAUUCUUUGGA